AUGGUGCAAACGUACCAGAGUCCGGUACGGGUGUACAAGCACCAGUUUGAACUGGUCAUGGCUGCAUAUCAGAUGCGUUUCCCCACUUGUCCACAGAUUCCCAUCUUUGUGGGGUCUGAUAUUGUGAAUGAGUAUCAUUCGCCAGAUGGAGCCGAGGAAGUGAUUGACAGAAAAUGUAAACUGAAUGUAGAAGCUCCGUAUUUAUUGAAGAAGAUGGCUGGAGUUGAUUUUGUGUACUUUAACCAGAAGAAUUCGUUGGAUAGAAGGAAUAGAACGUUGGUUAUUGAAGCCACAAACAUUUCCUUCGCUAAUCGACUGGUUAUUGUGGAGAAAUGUGUAUAUUAUGUAGGUUUUUAUUAUUCUUUGGUUUUUUGUUUAGUUAAAACGUAUUGAAGAACGUACGAACUAUAUAUUGGUCCAAACGUUCUCAGACUGGCUGCAUAGUGCAGAAAUUAGAAGAGGAGUGGUGUAUAUUGCACUGUGCAAGCCAUAAAAGAACCUUUUGAGAUAGGAUAACUAAAUUAAUAUGUUUAACAAUGCUUAUAGCUCAAGAAGGCUUUGUAUAAUGUUUUUAUCUUUCAGGUUCAUCCAGAAAACCCAGAAUGGACGUGUUUCGAACAAAGUGCUAGUUUAGACGUCAAAUCGUUCUUUGGAUUUGAAAGUGCGGUCGAAAAGCUGGCUGUAAAACAUUAUAGUGCUAACAUUGCAAAGGUAAAUUUUUUUUAUUGUUGUUUUUAAAGCUAGUGUUUUAAUAAUUGUUAAGUAUCUUAAGUGUUCUUGGUCAAUAUCUUAUAUUAUCUAUGGUUUUGUAACGGAACUUUGGUUUUUGCUUUUUUUUCAACUUCUUUUAAGUGUAACUGGAGGUUUAGGUAAUAUAAACAUGAUUUUGUUUGAUAUUAAUCUAGUCACGCCUUUAAGAACGCUUUCUUCUUGUUCAAAGUUCAAUUUUUACUAACUAAAACAAUAUAGAGCUCAAGUUAUUAAUAAUUCAUGAUCAAAACAUCAUUUCAGGGCAAAGAAAUUCUUGAGUUUUUCAUCGAAGAAUUGAUAAAGAGUGGCACGACCUACAUUCCGCCGUUUGAGGAUUCAGAAAACGGAAAGAAAUCUCCAGCGGAUUCAGCAAUUGACUUGUCAAAGAAUCAUGAAGAAGAUACGGACGGAUCGGAAUCUGACCGAAAAACAGCACGUAGAGAUAGCACGAAACAUAAUGAGCAUAUCAAAGAAAAUGGGGAUGGUAAGGAUGUGGAUAAGAGACGAAGAAGCUCGGUACAUCAGAAUUCAGCUUCUACGAGUGGUGUUAGGUCUACUAGCUUUGAUGACAGUAAGUCUUUUGAGUGUGUUAGCUAAUUUCGUUAAUUCAUGGCUUAAAAUUGAUGUUGUUAUAGACAACAGAAGACAUCAAGUUAUAUUUUGAUAUAACUGUUUAUAUAAACUUUCAUUUUAGCCGAAACCAAGCUAGAAUCAGACUACAUCCAACGUUUUCUUGGUCAGCUUACCCCACUGGAAGAAUCUCGUUUGUGUGAGCUAAAAUACGGUCUCCAAUCAGCUCACAAAGGUAAACUUCCGAACGAUGCUCAUCUUCUCCGCUUCCUGAGGGCACGCGACUUUGAAGUACAACGAGCUCGUGACAUGGUGAUCAACUCACUUUUGUGGAGAAAGCAACACAAUAUAGACAAGCUUCUACACGAUUUCCAGCCUCCACAAGUGAUAAAAGACCAUUUCCCGGGCUGUUGGCAUCAUCAAGAUAAAGCCGGUCGACCAUUGUUUGUCCUAAAGUUGGGUCAAAUGGAUGUGAAAGGACUGUUGAAGGCUGUAGGAACAGAGAUUGUGAUGAAGUUUACUUUGUCGAUUUGUGAACAAGGGUUGGAGAAAGCGGCCGAAGCGACAAAACGCCUUGGGGAACCGAUCAGCACAUGGACAUUGUUGGUGGAUCUGGAAGGUUUGGGUGUUAGACAUUUGUGGAGACCUGGAGUGCAAUGUUUGUUGAGGAUUAUUGAGACUGUUGAGGUUUGUUUUGUGUUUAAUAAUUAAGAUUUUGUGAAAUGGAUGUAAGAAAAUGACACUAAAGGGCAAAAAAUAUUGUUUUAGGCUUUGUGUUGCUGAAAUUUUGACUUUUGAUAGUUUCUUAGAAAUUUAGGUAUUAAAUUGUUUUUUUUAUGUUAUUCUGUAAUGUUUAUUUAUGCACAUUUUUAUAUAAAAAUCUUUUACAUUCGUUAACGUUUUGUUAUCUAAACUUUAAAUUUAAGGCGCACUACCCAGAAACUAUGGGCUUGGUACUAAUAGCUCGAGCUCCACGAAUGUUCCCAGUCCUCUGGACCUUAAUCUCACCUUUCAUUGAUGAAAAUACAAGAAAGAAGUUCAUGAUCAACAGCAACGAACAUGUAGCGGACGAGUUGAACAAGUACAUUGCUCCAGAAUACCUACCAGACUUCCUCGGUGGACCAGCCAAAUUCAAUGCACCAAAAGGAGAUCAUGUACCUAAAUCCGAGUAUUUGAAGGUGUCGGAAAUUAACCUAGAGGAGGAUGAUGUACUCAAGAGUACGUAUACAGUAUCUACAGUACACAAAGGAAUGCCACAAGAAGCUUGUGUUAAGGUACCGACAGCUGGCUGUGUGUUGACAUGGGACUUUGAUGUUAUCAAGGGAUCUUGUGAAUUUGUAGUUUAUCAUACGAAUAAGGUAAGAUUCAAUGUUUUGUAAAGAAAGUUUUUGCCAUUUUUUGUUUUGUAAAGAAAGUUCCUGCAAUAUUUUUUAAUUUUUUUUAAUUAUCGUAUGCUUCUAGGCCAUCGACCAGCCAGUCCAGCCGAGCUCCCCAACCUCUCUAAACCCAGUAGAACGCCUGACUAACGCCAUCGAAUCCGUAUCCCUAGGCUCUCCGCCACACUCAGUAAUCCAAGCCGCUCCAGACCUAAAACUAGGAGAAGACAUAACAGUCCAGGAACAGCCAGUAAUCCUGUCCGAGGGGGACUCAAUGCAAGGCUCACAUUAUUGUGCACAACAAGGAACCUACAUUUUGCAAUGGAAAGUAACAGAAGCUCCGAAUCAACCUCCACAUGCUGCUUUCGACUUCUCUUUGACCGGACCAAAGUGCAAGUUAAUGUACUAUCAUGAACUUUUGGACAGCGUCAAUUUUAGGUAAGGGUUUGAGGAAAAUGGGGUUUAAUUGAAAUUAUUGUGAUGUUUUAAAUAUUGAAUUUCAAAAAAUAUUGUUUUAGGUAUAAAUUUUUAAAAAAUUAUCGUUUUAGGUACGAAAAAACAACUUUUUCUAAAAUUUAGGUAACAAAAAUUAAAAAUUUGUUUCAAAAAUUGUGAUGAAGGUUAAAAUUAAAAAAAAUAUUGUUUUCCUAAAAAUUUUUUUAUUUUAGGCAAAAAAUUUUUUAAUUUGAAAAAAAUUGUCAAAAGUCUAAAAAAUGCCAAGCCUAAUAGUUUUUCUUUACAAAAACUGAUAAUUUUAUUUUCAGAGGAUCAGUGGCUAGCCUAGAAUCAUGUCGCUCAUCCUUCAGCUCACUGGCAGCAGCCGAACACGUAAAAGAACCGAACAAAAAGUCCUAA